UUUUUUUUUCUUUCUUCUUUUUCUUGGCACGGCAUGAUGUUGAGAAAUCUAGUUUAUCUGUUAUUGAUCGUGCUACCUUUGUGUCUGUGCAAGCCAGACACUAUUAUCGACAUCAUUUCCAAUGAUCAUCGAUUCAAAAUUCUCGUACAACAUUUGGAACGCCAUGAUCUUAUGAAAGAAUUCAAGCAUCGAUCGGUGUCCACACUGUUUGCUCCCGUCAAUGAAGCGUUUGAAAGACGCGAUGAAGACGCUACCUCUUACUAUCUGAUGGGCCGCAAAGUCACGCGUGAGCAACUUUUGUACCAUAUUCUGCCCGUAGCUCUGACAUCCGACGAUCUCUAUGAUGGUCAGUUGCUACAAACCAAAUUAUCUUCGGAACACAACGUCUCGCAGCAACUCAAAGUCCGCAAGGGUGAUGGUCUUUACGUUGGCGAUGUGGAAAUCAUUGAACGCGACUUGCUAGCCAAUGACGGCGGUGUUGUUCAUACACUAAAGAACAUCUUGACCCCUCCCGUCGAUCUUGCUUCUACGUUAUCCGACGAUCGCGAUCUCUUGGAAUUCUCUCGUUUGGUUGAAAAAGUCGACUUGACUCGAGACAUCAAGGAAGCUAAAGGCUACACCUUGUUUGUCAGCAAAGACGUGCUGGGCGAUUUAGAUACGGUCAAGAAGAACUACUUGAUGCAUGAAUGUGGCAAACACGAUCUUAGCCAGCUGUUGAAACAUCAGAUUCACGACAAGAUCGUUUACGCUCAAGACUUCCCCGAUGGUCGAACCAACUACAAGACGUUGCAAGGCGAAGACUUGCAAGUCGUGGUCAACAAGGACGGCAAAAUUACCGUGAAUGAUGUCAACAUUGUCCGCACCGACAUCUUGGCUUCAAAUGGCGUCAUUCAUUUCCUGGAAAAACCCAUUCUCCCAAAGAACAAGGACUUUUUAAAUUUCGGUGUCCGCAAGACCUUGAUUGGCAUGAAUGCCACUAAAUUUACCUCCCUGUUUGAUGAACACGGUCUAGGCUCUUAUCUAGAUGAAAUUGAUCACGAUAAGGAAUACACCAUUGUCGCUCCUCCCAACGAAGCGCUCGAUGAAAGUUUGAUCCCUCUCAAUGAAAUUCCUUCGUGGCUCAAGUAUCACAUCAUCCAAGGCCGCUACGCCCCUUCGGAUUUGAUCGACGGCGCCCUUUUGAAGACCGAAUCCGGGGAUCAUCUCUCUGAAGCCAAUCAACGCAUCCGCGUGCAUGUGACCAACCAGGACCAUUUCCUAGACAAGGUUGGUAUGGUCAAGCAAUCCAUCCAGUUUGGUCGUGCUGGAACCGCCGGUGAACCCGUGUCCACGAACAGGAGCAUCAUCUAUCCUGUGGCUCGAGCGCUCGUGAUGCCAAGAGAUCCCUUGAGUCGAUUGCCGGUCAAUUUGGACCUUUCCACCUUUGUCGCCUCGCUGUAUGCUUCCAACUCUGGCGACGAUGUCAAGAUGGCCAAGGGCAUUACCAUUUUCGCUCCUACCAAUGAAGCCUUCGGUCGCUUGGGACUUCUCACCAAGCACUUGCUGCAGCCCGAGUCACAAAGCAAAUUGGAAUCCGUGGUCAAAUUCCACGUCGUUCGUCAACUCUACUAUUCCAACGAAACCGAGGACGGCGAGCACCGCGAAGAAACUUUGGCCGGACCCGAAAUUAACCUGAACAAGACCGAGCACGGUUUCUUUGUGCGUGGCAGCGGAGCCGCCGAUGGCAGUGAUCGAACCGUCAUCGCUCAAGUGACUGAAGCCGAUAUUCUCGUCAACAACGGUGUCAUUCACAAGAUCGAUCGCGUUCAAUUGCCGGGCACCCUGGAAGUGUCCAACCGUGACAUGCUUUCAGCCGAAGGCGCCAACAGCAUCUUGGGUUUACUUGAACGCACCGAGCUCGGCAAUCAAGUGUUGGAUCAGAUCAAUGGCAAGCCUUACACGAUCCUGGCUCCCAGCGACCGCGCUUUUGCCAAGGUGAACUUUACCCAUCUGUUGCAAAACCCCGACAAAUUGCUCGACAUUGCGCGUCUCCAUAUCAUCCCUAUGGCCAUUCCCCGUUUGGAUCUGGUGAUUAACAACGGGGUGUUGGAUAUGGCGAUGGAUGAAGGUGACCGUAACCUCCACAAGGAUAUUACGGUUGACGGGGUCGAAUUCCCCACCCUGAAGGAAGGCACCAACGUUGUUAUUCGCAAAGGUGUCACCGGAGGUUACAGUGCGUACAUCAAGAACACAAUCAAAGAAAGUGCCGAUGUCGUCAAUGUAGGCCGGGCUUCCAAUGGCGGUGGUGUCAUUAUUCUCGAUAAGGUGUUGCUUCCUCAAUACGAUGAGGACCACUACGGUCUCCCUUGGUGGAAGGUGCUCUUGAUCGUCAUUGGUGUCUUGUUGGGCGUCGCCUUGCUGGCUGCCGCAGGUUAUUAUGCCUGGCAAUGGUACCAACGACGUCGCGAAGGUCAAGUUUCCAUCUAAAAAUCAGUGUAUCUUUUUUUUUUUUUAAUGUUUUCGAGUGCAUAAAAUAAAGGCCUUCCAUCGCGUUGUUGAUUUUACAAAUGAUC